AUGAUCCUUCGUGUGGGACUGUGUCCUGGCCUCUCGGAUGAAAUGGUGCAGGUGCUAAAAGCCAAUGGCAUCAAAACAGUGGUUGAUCUUGUCUCAUCGGAUCUGGAGGACGUUGCCCAGAAGAAUUCCUUAUCAUACAAGACCUUAGUUGCGGUACGGCGUGUGUUGCUGGCACAGUUUUCCCCCUUCCCAGUCAAUGGGGCAGAUCUCUAUGAAGAGUUGAAGCACACCACAGCAAUCUUGUCUACUGGAAUUGAAAGGGAUGAAAGAGAAGCACUGAAACAAACUCAUCCGGUUGAUUUUGUGCUUAAGGUGUGCUUCAUUGUCGCUGCAAAUGUAUCCCAUAAUCUCAAGCAGACUGUCCUGUACGUUGACUCAACUGGGGGCUUCACCAGUGCACGUCUACUGGAGCUCCUGAACUGCUUAACUGUGGAUGAGGAAGAGCAGGCUGAAGCAUUGCGGAGAAUCCAGGUUUUUCGUGCAUUUGAUGCCUAUAAAAUGCUUGAUGUGCUGCAGGAAGUCCGCAGUUACAUGGCCAAGCAGAUACUCAGCACCUCUGGACCAGUGAAGCUGCUGAUUGUGGAUUCCAUUUCUGCUGUAAUUUGCCCUUUCUUGGGACUUCGGCAGCCCGACGGCAUGGCCCUCAUGAUGCAUUUGGCUAGGGAGAUGAAAAGCCUUGCCAAAGAAUUUGGGAUUGCCGUAUUGUUGACAAAUCAUGUGACCAGAGAUGCUGCUGGUGGUUUUAAACCAGCAUUGGGUCGCUCGUGGAGUUACAUACCUAACACUCGGCUUCUGUUGGAGAAGAGAAAAGUCAAUUCUGAGAAAGCAGGUCGAGUUGCAUCUUUGAUGAAAUCUCCUCGACAGCCUUUUGGAGUUCAGGUAGAAUUAGACCUGAGGAACUGGGAAGUGAAAAAAGGAAGUCUGGUCACAGAAGGAGAAGAACUAAAUGACGGCAUGGGUGUGUCUUCCUGAUCCACCAUUGGCUUUCCUGAACAUUCAGAAGGUUUGAAAAUGGAAAAAAAGCAGUUCAGGUGUUGGAGGAACGAUAAACACCAGUAUCAGCCUUCUCCUAACAGACUCUGUCUCCCCAAUUGAUUGGAUUUCAGCUCCCAGAAUCCUGAAAGAACAUGGCCUACAGUCGGGGAUGAUCUGAAGUCAAAAACUUUUGGAAGACACAGUUUCUUUGAUUGAGACAUUAUAUUGCAGUGAUGGCGAACCUUUUCGGCAACGACUGCCCAAAUCGGAACACCUGUACAUGUGCAUGGAUGUGCAUGUGCCGGAGCACUGGAAACCCAAAGACCAGCUGGCUGGCGCAUCCAUGCCUGUUUUCAGGCCGUUUUUCAGGGCAAA